GAUUGCUUUGCUCGGUUUGUUAUGUUGUCAGGAGGAGCAUCCAGACGACCAGAUGUACCAGAUACUGAUGACGUGGAAGGAGAAGGAGGGGCCAAGUGUUACGAUGGACAGUCUUGGAGGAACCUUGCAGGAGCUGGGUCUGUACGAACUGGCCUCUGCCUUAAAUCCAGAAAAGGCUGAAGCGGAUGAAAAGGACGGUUCGUCCGGCUCCAAACCACCCACACCGACUGCGCGGGUUCAGCCCAUUGUCAGAUCGGUAGAAACACCAGCCAAGCAGGAGAAUACUGUUUUCCUGUCGUACCAGUGGGACCACCAGGACAGAGUCCUGCUGCUGCACGAUCGCCUGCAGGAGCGAGGCUACGGCUGCUGGAUGGACAUCAAGCAGAUGGGGGGAGGGGACAGUCUGUACCAGAUGAUGGACAAGGGGAUCAGGGAAGCCAAGGUCGUGGUCAGCUGUGUGACGCCCCCUUACGUCGAAUCCCCAAACUGCCAGGACGAAGUUGCGCUUGCGCGGACCCUGAAGAUGCCGAUCAUUCCCGUCAUGCUCGAGAAGACAACAUGGCCGCCACCCGGACCCAUGUCCAUCCCCUUUGCACAGCUUCUCUACAUAAACAUGGCCAACAGUCAGGAUGACGACCCGUGGAAGGGACCUCUGUUUGAGGAACUGAUCAGAAUGAUCGAGUACUUCGUGUUAGAUGCUACGGACGGAAGUCCUGAUUAGGGUAUAAUCAGGAAUGUGGUGUAAUGACUUGUGUCAAGGUUUGUAUGUUUGUUUGUUUGUUUGUUUUUAUUCGUACA